UAGGGAAGGAGGGAGUGAGGGAGGAGGGGUGAGAGUGGUGUGCUGAGAACGGUAAAGUAAUGGAAAGCCAUUUAGCUUCUACUUCCUCACGUAUAGUUACCUCCUUCAGUAUGACUCAACUCUCGGAUUAAUCAUCAGAGAAUGCUGAGCUGGAUGUAGAGUUCUGAGGGGAAAGCUCUUUAACUUUCCUCAGGGCUGGAGUCACGCAGCUUUACGGCGUAUUUGAGUUGUUGUGGGAGAAGGAGUAGAUCUGAAGUUUAGUGUGAUAAUGAUAAUGAUGAUGAGGCUGCUGGUUUCCUCGUGCUGCUGUCCUGUGCUGCUGAGAUCUCCUCGCUGCUGGUUGAGUGUUUUGGAGCGUGUAGUGGAGAAGUGUGAAAAGCUGCUGGUCAGAGAUGUUCAGCGCUGCUGUUAAAAGGAGAGCAGGUAGUUGACUUGUGUGAAUCAGCGGCUCCAGGCAGCGGCAGCAGGGCGAGCGGGCGCGCGGCCGGACGGGCAGUCUGCAUGAGGCUCCGGGGACUGAGCAGAGCCGCGGUGGCGGUUUUCAUCACUUUCUGUUCACACGUAAGAGCCAUCACUUCAGAGUGUGAACAAGAGAUCCAGUGGCUCAAAGAGGAGGAGAGCUGCCACAACAUCAUUAAUCAAGAUAAUCUCAGCUUCACAGGUUGCAUGCCAUUAUGGGACCAUCUGAACUGUUGGCCCCAUGCCCAAGUGGGAGAGACUGCCUACAAGCCAUGCCCCGAAUUCCUCAGGGUCAAAGGGGAUGUGGGGAGAAACUGUACAGAGGCUGGCUGGUCAGAGCCUUUCCCACCAUACGAUAUGGCCUGUGGAUACACACUGAACGACACACUUCACAGUCCAACAGACAAUGUGCUGAUCUCACAUGAAUACUUCAUGUGGGUAAGGAUCAUGUACUCAGUGGGAUACAGCGUCUCACUAAUCUCUCUCACCAUCGCUCUCACAUUGCUGUGUAUGUUCAGAAAGCUCCACUGCACACGCAACUUUAUCCACAUGCAGCUCUUUCUCUCCUUCAUCCUGCGGGCUAUUUUCAUCUUCAUCAGAGAUGCAGUGCUGCACAACUCUCAGGACUAUUACCACUGCGACUCUCAUCCACCCGGCUGCAAAGUGGCGCUUAUGAUCUCUAACUACUGCAUCCUGGCCAACUACAGCUGGCUGCUAGUGGAAGGUCAUUACCUUCACAGCUUGAUCCACUUGUCCCUGCACUCCCAGAAAAAACGCCUGCACUGGUACAUCAGCUUCGGCUGGGGCACACCUCUGCUCAUCAUCACUGUCUGGAGUGUGGCCAAAUACCUGCAGGAGAAUGAGGGGUGCUGGGAGACAAGAGGUAGAGGCUGGAUCUGGUGGAUUAUGAGAGUUCCUGUUAUUAUAUUUAUAAAUGUUAACAUGUUGUUUUUUAUAAGAAUUAUUCUGACUCUUGUGAGCAAGAUGAGAGCUCCAGACAUGAUUGGGAACGAGUUUAAACAGCACAGGAAGCUGGCUAAGUCCACGCUGCUGCUGGUGUCGCUGUUUGGUGUGCAGUAUGCACUCUUUGCUUUUUUCCCUGACGAAGUCAGCAUCCUCACCUUCCAGAUCUGGACCGCCAUCGAGCUGGCUAUGGCCUCCACACAGGGCUUCAUCGUAGCGCUCCUAUACUGCUUUCUAAAUGGAGAGGUUCAACAUGAAAUUUCAAGGCGGUGGCGAAGGUGGCGGCAGAAACAACGUUUCCAUGGUGAUCCCAGAGUGCACCACGGUUCGCUGAGCCACAGUGGGCUGCCACUCACACAAAUCUCACUCUUAGCCAGAGCUAACAACAUAAGCUAACACAGACACAUGCACACAGUGUGUUUCAUGUCUACAGCUUCUUUCUUCCUUGCUUGUUUCUAUGAUCUUUUCCAUGCUCUGCUUAUAGAGUUAAUUUGCAAAAACAAAUAAAGGUAUGUUUUAUAAAAGAAUAGCACUUAUAUGUUUUUGCAAAUAAAUUCUUAUUGUUUUUUGCUGCUUUUUAUUUCAACA